AUGAGCCUCCAGUGGACAGCGGUUGCUGCUUUCCUCUAUGCGGAGAUCUUUGUUGUGCUGCUACUCUGCAUUCCUUUCAUUUCUUCCAAAAGAUGGCAGAAGAUCUUUAAGUCCCGCCUGGUGCAAUUGGUGGUGAGCUAUGGAAACACUUUCUUUGUGGUUCUCAUUGUGAUCCUGGUGCUGCUUCUCAUUGAUGCUGUGCGGGAGAUCAGAAAGUACGACAACGCCAUGACAGAGAAGGUGAACUUGCGGAAUAGCCCUGGGGCCGUGGAACAUUUCCGCAUGAAGUUAUUUCGAGCCCAGAGGAACCUGCACAUGGCUGACUUCUCUCUGCUUCUGUCUUUCCUGCUCAGACGACUGGUGACCCUUAUCUCCCAGCAGGCCAUACUGUUGGCCUCCAAUGAAGCCUUCAAAAAACAGGCUGAGGGUGCCAACGAAGCCGCCAAGAAAUACAUAGAAGAAAAUGACAAGCUGAAGAAAGAAGCUGGCACUGACGGUGGUAAAUUGGACCUGAACGAUGAUGUGCUAGUGGAGAACAAAAACCUGAAGGGUGAGCUUGAGAAACUCAGGGAGGAGCUGGUCACCAGCAAGCAAAACCUGGAGAAAGCAGGAAAUGGGACUCUGUCCAGGCGCAAGCAGUCCAAAGGGCUGACCAAAGAGUAUGGCCGUCUGCUGGAGGAGCACACUCGCCUCCAGGAUGCAGUGGACAGGCAGACAGACAAGAAAGGGGAGUGA